AUGACUAGGAAGAAAGUGAAGCUUGCUUUCAUAACCAAUGACUCGGCAAGGAAAGCCACCUUCAAGAAAAGGAAGAAGGGUUUGAUGAAGAAGGUGAAUGAGUUGAGCACCUUAUGUGGCAUUGAUGCAUGUGCCAUCAUAUAUAGCCCAUACGAAGCUCAACCCGAGGUGUGGCCCAACAAUAUUGGUGUUCAGCGUGUUCUUGCUCAGUUCAAGAGGAUGCCAGAAAUGGAACAAAGCAAGAAGAUGGUGAAUCAGGAAAGCUUCAUCAGGCAGAGGAUCACUAAGGCGAAUGAGCAGCUCAAAAAGCAGAUCAAAGAGAAUCGGGAGAAGGAGAUGACUGAGGUGAUGUACCAAUGCUUGACCGGGAAAGGCUCAAUAUCAAACUUGAUCCUGCCAGAUUUGAAUGAUCUAGGUGGGUUGGUGGACCAAACGCUGAAAGACAUUUGCAGGAGGAUGGAAUCACUUAAGAAAGCAGUUCCUGGUAAAGCUGCAGCUGCACCACCACCACUACCACCUCGACCACAGACCAUUGUUAGUGGUAACAGUUUGAUCGCUGCUAAUGAAAUGAUGACAAGAGGAGUCGCGAUGCAUGCAUUGGAGAAAAGGCCUAUGGUCGAUAACCUGAGUGCUAUGGAGGGGAUGCAAAGGCCUCAAUGGUUCACAGAUUGGAUCAAUAAUCCGUCUGAACACAAUUUGGGUCUUGGUCCUGGGUAUGAGAUGGCCCCGUUUGUUGACAACCCCAAUCCCAUAUGGCCAAAUCCAUAUUUUCCUUGA